CAGCUUUUCACUGAGCCAUUCGGAAAAGAACACGUCAGCACAGAGGAAAACCAGUUGGUCGAUAUUGCAAGGGUGGACAAGAAAAUUGCGUGAGACAGAGCCAGAAAACCCCGAGUCGGAGGCGAUGAAGAGAUCUAAACCCGCAGAGCGUCCAAGAAGCGCAGUCGAAGUUCAAGAGACAACCUAAGCAAAACAAAAGUCGGUGAACAUAAAAGCAAGCGAUGCAAAUCUAAGUGGAAAAGCGCUUUCCACAGUUCCCCCAGCACAAAGCAGUCUAUUAUUUAGCCCCAAUCAGUUAAAAAUGGCCCCCACAGCAAACGCAGUGCUGAUAACCGUGCCGCGGACAGCAAUUACAUCGAAUAAUCUGCCCAAACUGCGCCCCGCUCCCCUCACAGCAGCGCUGCUUAAGGGGGCGGCGGCCACACCCUCUGCCUCGCCCACGCCUUCGAGUUCAGGAUACGCAUCCUCGUCGAACCUGGAGGACGACAGCCUGGCGAACACACCUCCCAAGGCCAAGAAGCGCCGUCUGGAUCAUCUUACCUGGGAGGAGAAAGUGCAAAGAAAGAAGCUAAAGAAUCGAGUGGCCGCCCAGACAUCACGUGACCGCAAGAAGGCACGCAUGGAGGAGAUGGACUACGAGAUCAAGGAACUCACUGACAAAACGGAAAUACUACAAAACAAGUGCGACAGUUUGCAGGCCAUUAACGAGUCGCUGUUGGCCAAGAACCACAAGCUGGACUCGGAACUGGAGCUCCUGCGCCAAGAACUCGCCGAACUGAAGCAACAGCAGCAAUACAACACCAGAAGCAUCAGCCAAAGCAACCCCGUCAGCGCGGGCGCUGAGGGCUGUGCGUCCACAAACCUUGGAUCUGCAGCAUCCAAUGCUGACUCUGCCGCAGGGUACACAACAGGUGGACACACAGUCGUCAGCGCGUCUGCUGGCCGAGCAGCUGAAGAGCAGCCGGAGCAUGGCCUCCCUCUGGAAGGUUGUAGCGAUCUGCCUUCUCUACAAGACAUGCUUGGCGCCGACGAAGAGUUCGACGUCAAGCGCCUCGAAGAGCUGGCCGAAAGUCUGCUCGCAGAUAUCACAGCAGACCUGGAAACAGGCCCUGGAACGGGCUGCCCAGCUGUUGCCCAAGAUGCAGGCGAAGCAGAGCGAUUGCUUGGAUCAGUGGUGGGGACCGCAACAGAGCGCUUGGAAUCCGACGGGCAUAGAGCUGAUGGCCUGAAGGAGAAGAAACCACAGCAGCAGGAGCAGCAGCAAGAGCACAAGAUCAGCCUGAAUGUGCAGGUGUUGGAGAUGAAUGGAAACCCACAGCAAACAGCAGCGCCAGCCUUGACGACAGCUACAAUUACAGCAACAGCGGCCGCCUCACUAUUACAGGCCACUCCGGACACAGUUUAUGGAACGUACGAUGCCAAGACGAACUCGAUCACGAUCGUGAUGGACGGCGAUGCGGAGCCGGUGAACGAAGCCGUUGAGGAGAUCUACUGUGACGGCGUCACCGCUGGCGACGACUCGACUGACGUGAUCAUGAAGUGUCCGCCGCCAGCGACGUCUCCGUCACAGGUGUACCUCAAUGUAGUGAACGCCACUGAUGACUCGGACGAUGAGGGCAGCUUCGACUCCAGUUUCGAACGGUUCCUUCGUCCGCGCGUCAAGGCGAUUUCCCCGCUGGCCAAAUCACCCGCAUUGUCCCUUCAUUCGGCCACCUCGGACCAUGGAUACGAAUCCAUACUGGGCUCGCCUACGACGUUGACACUGCCCACGGACGAGGAGGAUUUUCCCUGGGACAGCAACAUCGACGAGCUGUUCCCCAAUUUGAUCUAAGUUGUCAAAUUGUUGUCUUCGUUGGAUCCACAACGAUUUUCUCUCUCUAAGUUCUACUGCUAAGUUUGGCCGGCCGCCGUAUGUUUAAAUGUUUUAGUUGAUAGGCUGUACAGAUAUUCGUAAUUGAAGGCUUUAUAAAUGAUAUUGUACUAUAGGCGCUAAGAUUAGCUAUAGGUUUCCAUUUAUUUUUAACAAUCUCUAACCACAUAGGCUUACGUUUACUAACAUAUAUUGUGCUCAAAGAAUUUGCGAAAACAUUCGAAAAAAAAUAAUAUAUUCAAAAUAUAAACCAAACCAAACCACA